AUGGAGACGAGGCUGGAGCUGGACGUUUUGAUUUACCCCAACGAAGUGAGGAUCGCCUCCCCGGAGGAGCUCUGGGAAUGGGAGCUGGAGACUGCGAGCCAGGUGUCCAUUCCCACCGUGCGACUCUUUGUGGCACUUUACCCGUACAACCCUGCAGCCAUGUCUCCCAACUACGAGACCGCUGUAGAGGAGCUGCCUUUUGUACCAGGACAGAUAAUCAAGGUGUUUGGAGACAAAGACCGUGAUGGUUUCUAUGAUGGGGAGUCUGGUGGGCUCUCCGGUGUUGUGCCAAGUAACAUGGUGUCUGAGAUCCCGGUGGACGAUGAGUACCUGAAGCAUCUACUCAUGCAGCAGGGCUUCCUCCCUGUGGACCACACAGGUAUGAGCCCCUCUGAAAGCACUCUUAUCAGUGACGAAUUGGUUGUUCAACGAAUGGUGGCCUUAUUUGAUUAUGAUCCAUGGGAGAGUUCACCCAACGUGGACAGUGAAGAUGAACUCGGCUUUCGUUCAGGAGACAUUAUCUAUGUGUUAGGUGACAUGGAUCAAGAUGGGUUUUAUUUUGGAGACCUGCACGGACGACGAGGUUUGGUUCCAUCAAACUUCCUGCAGCCGUUUCCGUGGGAUUAAUCGAAAAUGCCAGGACACGCGAUGUUUGCUACAGAUGCCAAGUCUCAGACACAGAAAGAAAUCAGCUGCUGAUUAAACCAUUAUUAUCAGUAAUACCAGUGAUGUUGUGGGUGCUGCAAAUACUGUACGUACAAAUCUCAGAAAAUAUAUUUUAUUGAAAAUUGCAAGUCAUUUAGUAAAGAC